GGUGUUGCAUCUACCACUCUUGUAGAUUUAUGAGUGUGAGGAUGUUUGUGUGAGGGCAGGCUGGGUUAUACAUGUGCAUUGUACAACAAGGAAUGGAUUCGGUAAAGUCAAAUUUAGAUUGCAUUUAUUACUUCAAAUUGCCUGAGUACCAUAAUUGUGGCAGUGAUAAAAAUAAUAACUGCUUGGUGCACAAAGGGGGUGGGGUGCUCCAUAGUGAGGGCGCACAAGAGGAGCUGACAUCAUAUUAUAUCACGAUUCAUGCCUAAACCAGUGCGAAUCAACAGGCAGAUGGAACUUGGUGGCUCUGUUCAUGAAUUAUAAUUUAUGUCACAUGUUUCAGUAACGAAUGAUCAAGACAUCUCGCUGCGGUGGGUGGAUAUGUCGGACACAUAUGUGUGCGCGGUCCUCCCAGAGCCCUUCCAGCCGUCGUCAUUAGCUGGCACAUCGGGUGUGUGCGGCCCAGCCCCUCCCCUUCUGCACCUCAAGGCAGCUAACAUUAGCCUACUACACUAGUGUUCGUUGCAAUUGCCCGCCACGCUACAGCCCACCCCUUCCCCUCGCUGACAUCGUGUUGUGGGGUUGUGUUGUUGUGUACCUAGUCUGCGCUCGGUGAACCACACCGCGAUUAGCUCACUGCAAAAACAAAAAAAAAACAUACAUAUUAAUUUGCCUUUGAUUGAGCAUGCCCGUGUUAUUUUUUUCUUUUUGAAAAAAGCGUGCAUUUGACAUUUCAUUCAUACGUCGACCGCUUGUUUUGAAGAAAGAAUGGGGUGCUGUUCCGGACGAUGCAUGCUGAUAUUAAUUUGCACUCUUCAACUGAUAACAGCAGUGGAGAGACAAGUGUUUGAUUUCCUGGGUUACCAAUGGGCUCCCAUCUUGGUGAAUUUCUUGCACAUCAUUGUUGUCAUCCUAGGCCUGUUUGGUACCAUUCAGUAUCGCCCUCGCUAUGUUGUGCUUUACUUAACAUGGACUGUGCUGUGGGUCGGCUGGAACAUAUUUGUGUGUUGCCUCUACCUUGACCUGGGAGGCCUUUCAAAGGACAGUAACUACCUCUCUCUGGGAGUGUCCUCUCAGUCCUCCUGGUGGAGAGAGAACGCCCCGGGAUGUGACAAUAGAGACCUCCCCGCCACUAGGUGGCAGAGUCUGGAGAGCCCGGCACUGAUCUCGUCUCUGGGUUGCAUGCUGGAGUAUCAGUACAUAGAGGUACUGCACAGUGCCCUGCAGCUUUUCAUCUCUCUUAUGGGAUUUGUAUAUGCCUGCUACGUGAUCAGUGUCUUCAAUGAAGAGGAGGACACCUUUGAUUUCAUUGGGGGAUUUGAUCAGUUCCCUGUCUUGCAUGGCAAUGAGAAAGCAUCCCAUCUCUUUCUUUAGUACUCACUUUUAUAUCUCUACAAAUGAAGCAUCAGUCAGCCCUUCAAGGGAAAAAAAUGAGACAGGACAGACUGAUUAAAUGGGAUUACAGUAAAAAAAA